AUGAGCGACUAUCCCACGGCGAGCACUCCGGUCAAGAGAGUCGGCCUGAGAGAGAUGUGCGAGGUCAACGGCCGCCGCUUCUCGAGGAGGACGGGCACCCAGCAGUGGGCUGAAUACAGGCCCGAAGACAGCUUACCGCCGCCCGGCCGGUCCCUGGACCUCUCGCUCGUCCAUCACGCACAGGGCCCGGGCGAACCUCUGCACUGGGCCCUCUUUGUCGGCCCGGAGAACCAGCCAGGCAUGGUGUACGAGGUCAAGGGAGACGCGGAAUUCAUGACGUACCAGCCUCCGAGCGGGCCCGUCGACGUAACCAGGUCUGCGUCCUUUUCGACGAUGUACCGGCUGGCGGCAUUGAGCGAGCAGCAGGCCGCGGUGGUGAGGGAGGUCGCGGACAGCGAGGUCCCUCCUCGAGCACCGAACCGGCAGUCUGUCAAGGAGAACUGUCAGGGCUGGGCGGUGCGGGUUAUCGCGAGGCUAGUCGACAGGGGCAUCGUGCCGGCUGCGAAGCUUCAGAUGGCCGAAUCGAUGAUGCAGCCAGUCUAG